AUGUCCUUUCCAGAGACUCAGGUAAACAGAGUGGAAGCUAAUAAGGAGGAUUACGGACGGUCCUCAGAUGAGGGCAGGCAGCCGCUUGAUCGCCAACACGGCUGUUACGGGCCAGUUGUCCCGCAGAGUUUCGGUGAGUGUGCAUACGAAGUCGACUCCUUCUCCGAACCUGACGCCGAGGGCAUCGCGCUAGCGGAAACUGUGCGAUCGUCUGUUCGCUUCAUGAACGACCGGGACCUUUCGGAGCGGACGGUUACUGCGCACGACAAGGUCAUCUCCACGAUGCAGGGAUCGGUCAACAUCACCAAGGUGGUGAAGCAGAACUUGACCAAGUUGAAGAUUCCGAUUGACCGGAUCAAGGAGAUCUCACGACUUGGAAGCACUUACUGGAUCCGGCAGGUCGGUCGUUGGAAAUACACUCGAACACUGUCACAAAAAGCGGACCCACUCAAUGUGGGCAGCAUUAACCACAUCCAUAUCUCGUGA